AUGACGCACCAACAACAAGAUGGCCAAAUUCCUGGACUCGACAACCUCCUCGGAGAGUUUGCACCAGCUGGAAGUGCAGCAAAUCCCAACAUCAAUCUUCCGUUUGGGGUUAACCUCGUCAACCAACAGGCCCUCAAUGAUCUCCAGAUCAUGGCCCUGUCGAACUUCAAGCUCACACCUUUCAUCAGUGAGGAUCCUGUGGCUUGGUUCACGCAGAUUGAGGCCCAGUUCAGGAACAGACGCAUCACCAACGACAACACUAAGUACGAUUCUGUCCUCGAGGCACUGGACAGAAAAUUCCUCCGAGAAGUCUCUGAUAUCAUCAAGGCACCUCCAGUCAGAGAUAAGUACCGGUUUCUUAAAGAUCAAAUUAUCAAACGUUUUUCUGAGUCAGGUGACCGACCCUUCCACAAACUUUUGACAGAAGUUGGGCUUGGUGACCAGAAACCCAGUCAACUAUUGAGGAGAAUGAGAGAUCUGGCUGAUGGGAAGGUCUCUGAGGAGCUUCUCCGCAGCAGGUGGCUAGCUCUGCUACCUGACAUCGUCAGCAAGAUCCUCAAGGUUGUUCAGGCCAACAGCACACUCGAUCAACUGGUAGAAGCUGCUGACACAGCAAUGGAGAACAGCUCCGGUUUUCAGGUUAUGGCAGCAUAUCCUCAGCACUCUCAGCAGCAUACAUUCAAGGCUCAGAGCCCAGCAGCAGCCGCAGACCUCUACAAUCACAACAGGUCUAACGAUCACAUCGAGCAGAGGCUUGGAGCUAUUGAGAAAGCCAUCGAGACCCUGUGCCAUGCCCUUCAGCAGCUGUCAUCCAAGGUAGGACAGACCAACGCGAGGAGAUCACGCUCUCUCACGCCUGCACCCACCGGCCAGAGCGGUCUCUGCUUCUAUCAUGAGCCUUUUAGGGACAGGGCUCCAGCAGUUAAACUAGAGACGCUGCCGUCUGUUCAGGCGGCCUGCGGCAGCUCAGACUCAAAUAACAAUGCCGCCAUCAAAGAAUUUCGCCUGUUCGUCUCUGAUAAAUCGAAAGGCCAAAGAUUUCUAAUCGACUCAGGAUCUGUGAUAUCAAUAGUUCCUCGAUCCUGGAGUCAUCGCACAUCUCAACCUGCAGAUCUCAAGCUGUUUGCUGCCAACAACACAGUCAUCGACACUUAUGGCCAACAGCUGCUCACACUUCACAUCGGACUCCGACGCGACUUUAAGUGGAAUUUCACUGUUGCUAACGUCAAGACUCCAAUCAUCGGUGCAGAUCUACUCGCUCACUAUGGUCUGCUCAUCGAUCUUCGUGGCAAACGACUCAUUGACCCGACAACCAACCUGACAGCACCUGGAGAGAUCCACGAGACCAGCAUCUUCAGUGUCUCCACCGUCACCAAUGACCUCUCAGCUCUCUCUCCAGCGAUUAGCCAACUACUUGUCAAGUUCGUCGACAUCACAAAGCCUCCAGCAGCUCCAAGAACUCAACUGGACAGUCCAGUAGCUCAUCACAUCGUCACCAGUGGACCUCCAGUUGCUGAACGGUUUCGACGACUUGUUGGUGAGAAAUUGCAAGCAGCACGUAACGAUAUCCAGUCCCUGUUGGAUUGUGGGGUUAUCAGACCCUCCAGCAGUCAAUGGGCAAGCCCUAUCUACAUGGUAUCCAAAAAGACUGGCGGCUGGCGAACGACAGGAGACUAUCGUGGUCUCAAUCAUCGCACAAUCCCUGAUCGUUACCCUCUACCCAUCAUCGAGGAUGUCCUACAACGUUGCCGUGGCUGCGAGGUAUUCACAACACUUGACCUCGUACGCGCAUAUCACCAGAUACCGAUAGCUUAA